AAUACAAUUCUACUAAGCUAAGAUUAUUUUGCUGAUGUUAGAUCCUUCUAACACCGCCAUUCUACAACCUUCGUGGAUAUCUAUAUAUACGCACAUAACUUUCACGAGUUCUAACAACAUAAUAUCAAUUACUCUUAUCUAUUCUUCUAUACACAUAUUUUAUAAAAAAAAUCAUCAUGGUGCUGAUCCAAGAAGAAAUGGAUCCUCCCUAUGUUCAAUUGUCUGAUACAGAAGACGAGGAAAUUGAUGUAACCUUGACAGCAGAAGAUGAAACAAUAGACUAUGAGGAUUUGAAAAAGCGCAUAUGGAAAGACCGUAUCCUUCUUCAAAAGAUGAAAGAGAAACUUAACAUGGACGAAUCUGAAAACAAAGAAGCCAAACAAGAAGCGUCCAGAAAAAAAAAGAUGUCUAGGGCACAAGACUCUGUCCUCAAAUACAUGGUCAAGAUCAUGGAGGUUUGCAAAGCUCGUGGAUUCGUCUAUGGCAUCGUCCCUGAAAAAGGUAAGCCGGUUACUGGAAGCUCGGAUAGUCUGCGAGAAUGGUGGAAAGAAGAUAUCAGAUUUGACCAAAAUGCCCCUACAGCAAUUGCAAAGUAUUUACCUUUACUUGAAAAGGGAGAGUUAAAUGAGUCGUCAAGCAUACACCUUCUCCAAGAUCUUCAAGACACAACACUAGGAUCUCUUCUUUCAUCACUGAUGCAACACUGUGUGCCGCCACAAAGGAGGUAUCCUUUGGAUAAAGGCGUGGCUCCGCCGUGGUGGCCUAAUGGGUCAGAGGCAUGGUGGGGUGAACAGGGCUUUUUGGCUCAAGAACACGGGCCACCACCAUAUAAAAAACCCCAUGAUUUGAAGAAGGCAUGGAAGGUUUCAGUUUUGGCUUCAGUUAUAAAACACAUGUCCCCUGACUUGGAGAAAUUGAGAAGGCUUGUGACUCAAUCAAAGACCUUGCAAGAUAAGAUGACCGCCAAAGAUAGUGCUACUUGGUCCAAAGUUGUGAGCAAAGAAGAAGCUCUGUUGAGACUUACCAACAAGUGUCUUAAGAUUUCUCCUUCUUCAUCCAGCGAUGAGGAGAAUAAUAAGGAAGACGGCGAGGGAGAAAUUGAAGUCUUUGAGUCAUUCCCAAUAAGCUCUAUUAAUAAUUCUGUUGAUCAUGGUGGCGGCAGUAGCAGCACCGGAGGCAGUGAAAAAAGAAAGUGUGAUUUUGAUAAUAAUAAUAAUAAUGGUAACAACAACAAUAACGAUAAUAGCUUUGUGGACAAAUUACUAUAUACAUGUCAGAACGUAGAUUGUCCACAAAGCGAUUUGUCUAUGGGAUUUAGAGACAAGAAUUCAAGGAUGGACCACGAGUCGAUGUGCGCUUUUCGCGGUACCACUAUCGAUCACCAGGGAAGUAACAGCAACAAUGAGAAUUCGAAGGCUUUCCAUGAUUACCUGUCGAGUGAGGAGAGGAUGAUAAGUGUUGGAGAUUGGAUGAACAUGGAGGUAGCUAAAGCCAACGAUAACAAUAAUAAUAAUAAUAAUUAUAAUAAUUCUGGUGACACUGAUUCUGGUGAUAUUGAUAUUAUGAAUGGAAUGGAAGAGAUUGCCGGUAAAGCUUUUGGUGAGGACAAUUUAGGGUUGUGGCUGAAUGACAUUGAAGAUUGUGAGUUGCUUGCGGCAUUGGAGAUGGUUAAAGCAAAUAGCGUGAUGGAUUCCACUCAUCAGAAUAAUAAUCCACCAUUAAUAAAGCAUGAUCAUAUUUCCCCACGUGAUGGCCAUCUUCUUGGCGAAGAAGCAACUACUUCAUCACUUUGGGACUAUACUACUACUUCGUUUAAGAGCAACAACAUUUAAUAAUUAAUUUUAUAUGUUUAAGAAUAUUGUAGUUUUUAUGUAUUAUUAAUUAAUUAUUAGUCUUCUCUACUAUCACAUUAUCAUACACAAUUUGCUCACAUAUGAUUCUGAUUAGAUUGAUUAAUUACCUGAUGUGAGCUAUCUAUAGUUAUAGCAUCCAAAAAAUGU